AUGAGUGUGGAGUCUGAGGUCGAUCACACGAACCACACAGAGGUGGAAAAAAAUAGCAAUACUCCUGCUGAAUCUCAAGUAAUUCCAACUGUGGAGAGUAAUUUGGAUGGAGAUGAACAGGGAAUCACGAAGACUGAGGUGAAUGAACCUGAGCUCGAGUCAGGUGCUGCAACUGCCGACGCCAACGAGGAAAUCAAGCCAUCUCCCGAAGCCUUAAAUGGUACCGGUCCUGCUCCUAAAGAGUCAGAAGACCAGUCUAUGGAUACAAAGGCUGAAGAAGUCAAUAAGGCAGCUGAAAAAGUCAAAGAAGAACUUCCCAAUGAACAAGAAAACAACGACGAUACUACCACCGGCCAGACAGAGAAUGGAGACACAGAAGCUGAUAAGGUUGAGGAACCUCAAACGGAGACUAGCAAGUCUGAUGACGAGGAAGUGGACCACGAGAAGAAGGUCCAGGAAUUCAUGAAAAAUGACGAAGAGAUCAAGCACUUCUCGGACGACGAAAUCAGCAUCGAGGGAUCCUCCAGUGACUCAGAUUCAGAUUCAAGUUCUGAUUCCUCGAGCUCCUCGGACUCUAGUGAUUCUGAGCUGGAUGGCGAGGAGGACAAUCAACAAGUGGACGAUCUUGAUGACGAGGAAGAGGCAUCGGGGUCUUCCGGAAGACUACAAGGUGCCCGAAAGUGCUCCCUCGAAUAUGUGGGUAAUUUGACCAGCUUGGUCGAGAAAAAUGCCAUUGUUAAAGCUAACAUUUCCGGUGAGUUCCGUGUUCUCAAAGAUCAGUCUGUCUUGUGUUUUGAGGACAGACUGGUUUUAGGCCCACUUUUUGAGACGUUUGGAAAGCUACAGGCUCCCCACUACCGAGUCAAAUUCAACACUGACGAAGAGUUCAAUGCUUUGAAAGAGAGAAAGGGCGAAAAAGUGUUCUAUGUUGUUCCCGAAUCCCAAUUUAUUUACACGGACGCUAUCAAGAAGCUUAAAGGAACAGAUGCCAGUAACUGUCACGAUGAAGAGCUUCCAGAGGAAGAGCAGGAGUUCUCCGACGAUGAACAGGAGCUUGCUGCCAAGCAGCGCAAGAAGAAAAAGAAGAAGACCAAGGAUCCAAAAGACGGUCCUCAGGCAAAGAAGCAAAACACAAAUCCCGAACCUAAUAAGUUCACGUCAUAUGGCUUCGCUCCUUCUCAAACCUCUUACGCUGGUCUCCCAAGAGUUCCUCCAAGAAACAAUCAGUACAAUCGCCAAACUCCCCCAGUUCAACAGCCACCAAUACAGGCUCAACAGCAAUCUCCAGCAUACGGAUCACCAAAUCCUUACGGUGUCCCUAUAAGCCAUCAGCAGCAGUAUGCGCCAAAUCCUUACCAGGGUUACCAACAACAAGGUAUGAUGCCUCAGGUUCCCCAAUACCAACAGCCACAAACCCCAUACGGUUAUGGACAGCCAUACUGGCCUCAAGGACAACCACAGGGUCAUCCACAGAUGUACCCCCAGCCAACGUACCAGCAACCACAACAACCCCCUCCAAACUUCCAAAUUCAACAACAGCAAAUCCCACAAACUCAACAACAGCCUGCUCCUCAGCAAGCGAAUGCAUUAUACCAGCUUCAUGCCCUCGUGGCUAACCAGCUCAAUCAGCAAGACCAAAAUCCGCAUACUCAGCAUCCGCCUCAGGGCCCCCUCAAUAGAAUGUAUUAUAGCUCUUUCGGCGUGUUUUAA